GUGGUGGCAUGCCAGAGAGGAGCGUCUCCCUCACAGGAAACCCUGACGCCAUCGCGAAAGCCAAGAUGUUUCUGGAUGAGAUUGUAUCUCGAGGGCGUGGUGCUCCUUCCUCUUCUUUCCACGAGUCGACCAAUGGGCAGAGUGGCUCCAUGCAGGAGAUGAUGAUCCCAGCUGGCAAGGCCGGCCUUAUCAUCGGCAAGGGAGGAGAGACCAUCAAACAACUACAGGAGCGUGCUGGAGUGAAGAUGAUCCUCAUCCAAGAUGGUUCCCAGCCACCCAACAUGGACAAACCCCUGCGCAUCAUCGGAGACCCCUACAAAGUACAGCAAGCGAAGGAGCUGGUGAAUGAGAUUCUGAGAGAGAGAGCACGCUACUUUGGAGACCGAAACAAUUUUGGCAACCAAAUGGGAGGAGGUGGUGGAGGAGGAGGAGGAGGCAUGGAUGUGCCCGUGCCCCGUCACUCUGUGGGAGUUGUGAUUGGUCGAAGUGGAGAGAUGAUCAAGAAGAUCCAGGCAGACGCUGGAGUUCGGAUACAGUUCAAACCAGAUGACGGUGCAGGUCCUGAUAAGAUAGCCCACAUCAUGGGCCCUCCAGACCGCUGUGAGCACGCUGCCUCCAUCAUCAACGAGCUGCUGCAGAGCAUCAGAGUCAGGGAGGACGGAGGGCAGGGGGGUCCUCCAGGUCCACCUGGCACGGGGGGGAUGCCUCAGGGUGGCCAUGGCAGGGGGCGAGGCCAGGGCAACUGGGGCGGUCCUCCGGGUGGUGAGGUCACCUUCUCUAUCCCCGCCCACAAAUGCGGCCUGGUGAUUGGUCGGGGUGGCGAGAACGUCAAGGCCAUCAACCAGCAGACGGGGGCUUUCGUGGAGAUCUCGCGUCAGCCGCCGCCCAACGGUGACCCCAACUUCAAACUGUUCAUCAUCAGGGGGUCCCCUCAACAGAUAGAUCAUGCCAAGCAGCUCAUAGAGGACAAGAUCGAGGCUCCUCUGUGUCCUCUAGGGGGAGGUCCUGGGGGACCUGGUCCUGCUGGUCCAAUGGGCCCCUACAACCCCAACCCUUACAACCCAGGGCCUGGUGGCCCCGGAGGACCCCCGCAUGGCGGCCCCCCAGGUGGUCAUGGUUAUGGGGCCCCUCAGGGCUGGGGAAACACCUUCCAGCAGUGGCAGGCCCCUGGAGGGCCACACGACCCCAACAAGGCAGCAGCAGACCCCAAUGCAGCGUGGGCAGCCUACUAUGCGCAGUACUACCAGCAGCAGCCAGGGGGCGCCAUGCCCGGCCAGGCCCCCAACGCCCCAGCUGCCGCCCCAGUCCAGGCAGACCCCUCCCAGGCAGCCCAGACCCCUGGAGGCCAGCCAGACUACACCAAGGCCUGGGAGGAGUAUUACAAGAAGAUGGGCAUGGCCCAGCCCGGUGGAGGUGCUGCAGCGGCGCCAGCUGCAGCCGUGGCCGGGGGCGGAGCCGGCGGACAGCAGGACUACAGUGCAGCCUGGGCUGAGUACUACAGGCAGCAGGCGGCCUUCUACGGCCCUGGAGGGGCUCCGGGACAGGCUGCCACCCCACAGCAAGGACAACAGGCCCAGUGAACCAAAUCCAGCCAGUCUCCAACCUGUCAGCGCGGACCGGGAGGACUGUCUCUUCACUGCAGCCACAUCCCAUCC